UUGACAGAUUGUAUGUUAUUUGAUUCACCAAUGUUUUUAUCCAUUUAACUUGAGGAGCUUUUCCUAGCUGAUAAGCAAUGUUUAUGAUCUGAUCAGUUCCCAUGUUUAAAGCUUCAGCUCCGUCUUUUCGCCAAUAUUUUCAAACAGUUUGAUAAUUGAUCCUUAUUCGCAUCAGAAUCAAUUGAUUGUGUUUUAGAUGGAUACUAAAACAUCGUUAGUAUUUAAUAAACUGUGUUUUAAUCCUUGCAAAAAUAACUCUUUGUUUAUUGUUGUUGUAAUGUUAUAUUAUCUUGACAUAACCUUAUGACUCGUUUUGUUUUUCACUUUUAAUCGCCUUUUUUAAACGGCUUUGCUUUGCUUAACCGUUCUGUUUUAAUCAUUUCAAUUUUUGUCUCAUCUGACGUUUCCAUUUAUCUCUUAACCCAAGUUUUAUGCAUUUUCUUAUGAUCUUUUAUUUUUGUGUCACUCUAUUUUAACGUAUUUUAAUUCAAAAAUCAACAUGCCAAUCAGUUCAGAAUCUCAGUUUAUUCCCUUCAAUUUGGAAAUGAUCUUAACUGGUAACAGGAAAGUUGAUACUGAUUUCAGUGAAUUAUUGAAACUUUUAUCAUCUUUAUUUGCACCACUUUACCUACUACAUGUUGAGAUAACUUCAAUAACUCAUUCUUCACCCAAGUUUUAUCUGGAAAAUGGAAAUUUUGUUUCUCGUGCUCCGUGUUCGUUUGCGACUAAAACGAUUGAUUUCUCUUCUCAUGGACCCAAUCCGAUUCUUUGGACUGGAAAAUUUGAGCUUGGACAGAGAAACCCGCAUGAAAUGGACUAUCUUUUACGUAACUUGAGUGCUAAGUUGCGUCCUGAGCUACAAGUUGAUCUGAUUUGGAGGUUCAGUAAUGACUAUUCUCCAGAGUUUCAAGAAUUAGUCGGUGUUGUUGCUUUUGACUAUAAAAGAGCUAGAGUUGAACUCAACUCAACAUCAUUUGCUUUUGGGACCAUUGUUAACGGAAAUCACUUUAUAUCACAUUUCCAAAGUAACCUGACAGGACAAGAAAGCCUCACUAUGGGCAUGAUGCCAAUCACUGAGAAAAACGUCCAUUUUAAUCACACCAGUGAAUUGAUCGAGCUACAAUUUCAUGUUUGUCGUAGACAAUUACUUUCUCAUGUACAUUAUAUUCAAGAAUUUCAACUUCGCUAUGGUUAUAAUUCAAUUGAAAGAGUUACCAUAUGUAAGAAAACUUCAGAAAUUAUGAUUCUUUACUUUCAUCUGUCUCGACCGCCUAAAAUUUUCACGGAUAAAUAUAAUCUCGAUGGAAGAGAUGUUUACAUCGAUAAAAGAAAUCUGAAUGAUGGCAGUGGUAGAGAUCGCUGGACAAGAUGGCAUGAUUGCUUUUUGAUUUCUCGAGAUAUUGUGGGUAAAUCAAAUGUUCUCAGAUUGGAAAUCCAAUCGAACACCUGUUCUAGGUUCCAAGCUGCUUUGUCUGCGCUUUAUGCCUGGAGACGAUUCAGUCCUCUCGAUAUUAGCUUUGGACCUGUUUAUGAAACUUCAUUUAAUGGGUACCAGGGAAGUUUCCCUGCAAAUUUACCUGAAGAUGUGAAUUACGGGAUAGAGUGUCUCACUUGUUUUGACUUCAGCUUUCAGAAUGAUCUGGAAUUCAAUAAUGGAGAUGCGAGUCUUUUCAACGAUUUUAUUCGUCAACAAGUAAACUUCUCCAAAAAUGGUCAAAUCGUUGAAAGUUUACACAGAUUGUUCUCUAGUUAUCGAUCUGGUAAAGUUCAUCGCGCUUAUGAAUAUUUCAAAUGGAUUUUCGAUCGAGUUUGCUGUGAGUGGGAAACUAUUAAAAAAAUGAGAGAUCGUCAAUUAUUGAAGACCAAAUUUCUAAGACGAUGCAUCCUUACUCCAACACGAGUCCUUCCCCUGCCAUCAUGUCCAUUCCAAAGCAGUCUUUUUCUUGAAUCUAUAAAUGCAGAUUAUGCAUUAAGAGCUUUAAUUCGAGAUGAAGACUUUUCUAGUCUCAGCUAUGCUGUUUCGGUUACACACUCUGACUCCUCUACGCCCAGAAAAAAGCCCAAUCCUAAUCACCCCAAUUACCGUCCAAAUCGUCGAGAAUACUUUUUGAGAAAGGUGAUUGAGGAUCGGCUAAUUGGUAAUGUAAAUGGUCUGCAAAUUGCUGGCCGUCUUUAUCAAUAUUAUGGCGCAUCAUCAUCUCAAUUCAGAGAAGGUGGAAUGAUGCUGUAUGCUCGAGAUAAUUUAGGACGAACUGCACAGUCCAUCAGAAGCUCACUCGGCGUGAUUAAUGAGAAAUCAGUCGCUAAAUAUGCAUCCAGGGUUGGCCUGAGUUUAAGUCAAGUCUUUGGUUUUGUAACCCUACCUCCAGGGUGUCAAAUUUAUAUUAUGUCUGAUGUUUGUGGUGGUCGACAUUCGCAAACUGGAAAACCUUAUAAUUUUACUGAUGGCUGUGGAGCGAUAUCCACUCAAUUGGCAUAUUAUAUUUGGCAAAAAUUGAAGGAGGAUGGAAUUCUGAAUGCUGAGUCUACUGAAGAACGCAUGCCCUCAGCUUACCAGAUCAGAUUCAUGGGGACGAAAGGAAUGGUUUGCAUCGAUACCGAACUAGAGGGAAUGACCAUAGUUAUUCGUGAAAGUAUGCUCAAAAUGAAAGCCCCUAAAAGUGAUCUUGGUAUUUUAAAAAUAAGUGAACCUCGAAGAGCUUACCUUAAUGCUCCCUUCAUAACGAUCUUGAACCAAAUUGGACUUCCGACAGAAUUUUUCAUGAAACUUUUGCUAGAAACUAUCGAAAAUUUGAUUGCUUCAUUUGAUGAUAGCGAUAUUGCAGUUUCUGCAUUAGAAAUGUUUGGAUCGCUUCAUCGUCUGAUAAAUUAUAAAAAGUUGGCUAGAGCUGGUUUUCAAUUGCAUCAUGAUCCAUUUUUCCGAUCAAUUAUCAUUCUGAUAUUCAAUCAAGGUUUGGACAUAAUUAAAAGAAAAGCCAGAAUUCCAUUGAAUAUGAAAGAUGCUCGAACAAUGUUUGGAGUGUGUGACCCCACCAUCAACCGAUUUUGUCAAAAACGUGUUGUAAGUUUCAAUUACAAUGGAGUUUGUGAUACACCGACAUUGGGACCAAGCUUUGAUGCAUUAGGUCGAGGUAUUCUUAAAAAAGGAGAAGUUUUCGUUUGGCCUUCAGAUUUUGAACGGCCAGUUACUGGAGAGGUCAUAGUAACGAAAUUUCCGUCCACUCAUUCUGGUGAUGCUCAAAGGUUAAUAGCCAUUGACUACAAAGAACUUCAUCACAUCAAAGAUUGCAUUGUAUUCCCAGUUGAUGGGAAUCGACCACAUUCCGAUGAAAUGGCCGGUUCUGAUUUAGAUGGAGAUGAGUAUUGUGUUAUUUGGGGCGAAGAAUUCAAAAGAAUUUUCAUCAAACCUCCAAUGGAGUAUCCGGCUGGUCAAAAUGGUACCGUUUGCGAUAACAUCACGGAAAGAGAAAUGGUUCGUUUUCAUAUGCGAUAUCUUCAAGAGUGUGCCAUUGGUAAAAUUGCUAAAGCUCAUUUAGCAUGGUCUGAUCUUAAAGGUAUUGACUCAGCUAAAUGUAAGAAGUUGGCUAUCAAAUAUGCUGGAGCAUUGGAUUUUGCUAAACAAGGAAUUGAGGAUGAAUACAGAUUUAGUAAAGAGGAUUUAUGCCCAGAAGUUCCUGAUUUUAUGCAAAGACAUGACUCAAAACCAAGCUACCAUUCAAUACGAGCUCUUGGUGCUAUCUAUCAAGUUAUUUCCCAAUUCCAAAUUUACUUGGCCGAUGAAAUCAAAGUUAAACAAGUAGUCAAACCAAAUAUUGACUUGAGAUUAGUACAUCCCCAAUGGGGAUUGUACGAAGACGCAGCGGUGUCAGCUUAUGCAAAAUACGAAGCAAUUGUUGGAUACUUGUUACACCGUUGUGAAUUUGCAUCAGAAUCUGAAUUACUUUCUCAAAUAUUUGAGAAAAAUCGCCUCUUUCGCCAAAAUUUUGAUGACAGAAUCAGAGCCAAUGACUUUGAAGACUCUUCUGUAUCUAUGGUAAAAAAGUUUCUUGUUCAAGAAAUGGAACGUGAUUUUGACAAUGGUAUCACAUCUGUCUCACCCGAAGACCUUGCUCAAGCUCGAAUGGCCAAAGCAUCAGCUUACUACAUGGUUACACUCGAAAAAGCUAAAAAUUCCAAGUUGAAGUGUUAUGGUCUUCCUUGGAUUGGACGCUACAAUGAUUAUUUCGUACAAAUGUUGAACAAUAAUGUGAACGUGUCUCAACCUCUAGUUGACUAUCAAAGAUUAGGUUAUAGACGAAUGGGAUUCACUGGAGACAAUAAUGAGAUUGAAACAUCUUGUAAAAAUACAUGGAACAAGUUGGACUAUUGGAUUCGCCAAUUCUUUGGCAUGACACAAAUUGUUGAGCGAGAUGAGCUUUACAAUCAAUUGCACAAAAUUUACCACCGAGCCAUCAUUCCUUACUGUACUGGUGAACGAACUAACGGAAGUUCGGGUAAAAUUUUGUUGAAAAUUUUCAAUGACAUUCAAGAAGAUAAUUGUUGUGGACUUGAGAUACAAAGAACCAGUGGACUAUUCUCUAGUCAUCACAACCCAAUGGGUCAAAUGGUAAUGGCCUUACUGGAACAAGAACUCUCUAACAGUUUGAUUAGAGAAGAUGACAACUCAAUUGACCUUUUCACUAACCGAUGCUUUAAAGUUCGUAUCACUGAUGCAAGAAAUGGAAGGAUCUCAGUUAUAAAUCUUGUAGAUCUGCUUAACAAACUAACUUCAGGAACUGGAGCUGAAAUAACAACUUUCGAUACUGGUGAUGUUGUCUACAUUCCUUUGGCUGUUUAUGGACCUCCAGCAUCUCUCAUGAUAGCUCAAAUUGCCGUUGGAAUUCACAAUCGCCUCUGUUCACAACAAAUUGAUCUUUAAACUAUUUUGACGAUUCAAAGUUCAGACAUUCCUGCCCUCACUGAUGCCUGUUCUGACAACGAUUUAAACUUGCUUUUUUAUUGCUGAUUGAUUUUUCAAAAAAAAGAGAAAUUAAAAAGGAUAGAUUCUCAAGUUUGUCCAAUUUAUUUAGCAGCAAAGUAAGAUGAUUGGCAAAAAUCAUUUCAUCAUGCAUGCGAUUAAUGCUUCUAAUUUUACUGGUGAUUUCAAUUUUGGUGACUCAUUCGUGAUUUUAUCUUUAUUGUUGAACAUAAAUUAUGAAUCAUUGAAAUGAGAUUAUGAUGCAACUAUUCAUCUACUUAAUAAUUGAACCUGAUUAAUUUGACACUCUUCACCCUAUUGAUUCUAAUUGUUGGUGACAUUUGACAUGUAUUUUGGUGCUGAAUUGACCUGUGUGUGACUUCCUUGUUGGUGGAAUCGAUUUGAAUCGCAAGAGUUUGAGUAACUUUCUUAACAAUUCAUGACAACAUUUUUGAUUUACUUGUUUUUAAAAUAACUUACAAUGAAUAUAUUGAAAUAUUUUACUGAAUGUCAUCCAUUUAUAUACUUAUUGGACAAAAAAUAUCUAAUUUUCCAUUUUCUUUAUUCA